AUUGGCCUAAAGCUACUCGAAACCUAUGCACGGCACUGACGAUAAGAUCUGACACAUCGGAGGAUUAUCACCGUACGAUCCUAAGGAGCUGAAGGUUUCGUAUCAUUGAUAUAAGUUUUUUUCGAGUGUGAUGGAUGCGAGUAAUGUAGCAGAGCUGAGAAGAAUCGUGGAGCAGUUGUAAUCGAAUCCUUCGAUUCUCCACGACCCUUGUCUGAUUUUCUCCAAGGAGCUCAAGUUCCGAAGAUUGAGAACACUAUAAACCUGAUAUCAAAACCGGUUACAACUUACAUCGGCUUUUCCCGAUACGGGACGACCGAUCAUAAGGAGCUGAAGGAUCCGAGGAGAGUAGUAGUCAAAAUGAUGGAUGCAAAUCAGGUAGCUGAGCUGCGAAGAUUCGUCGAACAGUUGAAAUCGAAUCCUUCGAUUCUUCACGAUCCUUCUCUGGUCUUCUUCAAGGAAUACCUCCGAAGGUCGUUGUUUCCUCUAUGCCUCGAGCCUUUUUUACCACCUCAAACUCAUCAACAA